GUUUAAGUAUAAUUGUCAAUUACAUUAGACCUCUUCCGGUUGCCUCUGUGAUCGAUUGGUUUUGACGAAUAUUUAGAAUAAAAAGUCAAAAUUCGCCAUGCCAUAUAUUCUGUAAUUUUUUUUUGCUUACAAUUUAUAACCAUUAACUCAAAAAAGGUCUAGAAAAAAUGAGUGGUUCAAAUCAAAACCAACCUCCACCACAGCAGUUUAAUUUGCUUCCAAAGAUCAUUAAUGGCGGUAUAGCUGGUAUCAUUGGCGUGUCGGUCGUAUUCCCACUGGACUUGGUCAAAACACGACUCCAGAACCAAACGGUCGGCCCCAAUGGAGAGAAGCAGUACAAGAACAUGCUGGAUUGCUUCCGGCAGACGUAUCGGGCCGAGGGUUACUUUGGUAUGUACCGAGGAUCAGCUGUGAACAUCUUACUGAUCACGCCUGAGAAGGCCAUCAAGCUAGCCGCCAACGACAUGUUCAGAUACCACCUAACCUUGCCUGACGGGUCUCUGCCAAUAAUACGUCAGAUGGCUGCCGGAGCUCUGGCUGGCGCGUGUCAGAUAGUUGUGACUACCCCCAUGGAACUGCUCAAGAUUCAGAUGCAGGACGCCGGCAGACUCGCGGCGCAGGCCAAGGCUGAGGGUAAAAAAUUUGAGCGUAUCACGGCCAUGCAACUGACACGUAAACUGCUGGCCGAGAGGGGCAUCUUCGGUCUCUAUAAGGGCAUCACAGCGACAGCUGCCAGGGAUGUGUCGUUCAGUAUAGUGUACUUCCCGCUGUUCGCGACCCUCAACGAUCUGGGGCCGAGGGAGAAUAAGGCAGACCCACCGCCCUUCUGGUGGUCGUUCAUAUCGGGUUGUUCGGCCGGGUCGAUAGCGGCGCUGGGGGUGAACCCGCUGGAUGUUGUCAAGACACGUAUGCAGACCAUCGCCAAGGGAAGCAGCGAGAGACAGUACUCGUCCAUCUUGGACUGCAUCACAAAAACCUUAACCCAAGAAGGUCCGACAGCAUUCUUCAAGGGCGGCGCCUGUCGUAUGAUCGUCAUAGCUCCGCUAUUCGGCAUAGCUCAAAGUAUUUACUACAUAGGUCUAGCUGAGAAUUAUUUGGGAAUAAAAUAAAUAGAAAGCAAAAUACAAACAUCGGAAGUAUAACAACGAGCCAUGCAAAUAGAACUGGUUUAUACUCUGUUCCAAAUAUAUUUUAUAGAAACGUCAACGAAUGGUCGAAUUUCAAUCGUAACAAAGCCUUCAAUUAUUUAUCCUAAUGAAUUUUAAAUAAAAAUGGCAAUAUAAAAAAAAAGUGAUAAAAAUGUUAAAACCUAUUUAUUGUUACUAACGGAGUGACAGCAUGGUAAUUUAAAAACAAAAAGUUUAUAUAUAUUUAAAAUGAAUAUUUUUGGGACUGAGUAUACAGACAGUUGAUUUAAUGUUUGACGUUUAGUAUGAAUAAAAACGUAGCUGUCAAUUUGAAUACUGCCUCAGAUUCCCGCUUUAGACAUUUUGGUUAUAUUUAUUAAAUCGUAACUGCAAAGCGUUUAUGAUUUAUUUAUUUUUUUUAUUAAAUAUCGUAUUAAAUACACAUGAUCAAGUUUCUCUCUUUAUAGAUUCGUAAUACGUUUUAUAUUUUGGUUUUGUUAGAAAUUUUUUGUGUAGACUUUAAUGAUUUAUUUUUAAUACAAUUUUACUUCUUUUCCUUUUAAACAAAAUUUUAUUACUGACUAUUGUUUUCUAUUCAUUAUUUAACAACAAUCAAUAUGUUAAAAGACCUGCCAUUUUUAAAGUUAAUUUGUAUUGAUAUAUUAAUUUGCUUCCAAAAUUACUCAUAAUGUUACCGAUUCAAGUUCCACUAUAUAAGAUAGCUCAAUUUAGUAGUGAGACUAAGUGAUAUUAUACGUUUGUUUAAUUUGAUAUUAUAAUCAAUUUCUCUCGCAAUGCCAUAUUUAAUAUGCCUGCUUCUAUAUGUUUAUUGAUAUAAAUUUUAGUUGAAUUUAUAAAAAUCAUGUUAUUGUCUAAAAAUACGCUUAAUUAUCUUCUAGAUUUAUGUUUGAUGUACACAGAUAAUUAAUUCAUACAAUGAAUGUUAACAGUGACACCAAUUGUUGAUAUUUUGUUGCCAGCUAGCUUAUUAAAUAUUUAAGAUGUUGUUGCUAGUUUAGGAAAAUUGUUUUUUUUUUUUAUAUAAAUUAAUUUCAAAAAUAUUAAAGCAUUGGGAAGAUUGACAUGAAAAUAAAUCUCGCAUUUUACUUUUUUUUUCUAUUUAUUUUUUUUUGUACAUGCAUUUAUUGUUAUAUUUUUUCUUAUUACCACAUGACAGAUUGUCACUGAUUACAUUUGACAAUACAUUUAGUGGUUAAAGUAUAUAGUAAUUUUACAAGUAUUAAAUAUAACAGCAUUUACAAAAGUAACAAAAUCACAGUAAGAAGUCAUGCUACAAGAACCACACAGAUGUUGCCAGCUUAUAUUGAUUUAUAUUUGUUUCAGCGACCAGUAGUUUUAAACAUUCUUUUUUUGAAUCUUUCAAUAACACCAAUUGUCUCAUUGUCAAUCACACAUUCAUUGGCUUAUCUUAAUAGCUGUUAAACGUUAAGCUUAGAAACAUUUUUUUUUAUUUUUAUGUUGAAAAAUAUUGGAUUGUGGCGGAGGUUUAAAUCUAAAAUUAUGCCAGCAUUUUCAUCUAAGCAAAUUCACGACGCUCUCCACAUAUAUAUUUUAAAAAUUUUGUCAUAUAUAUAGACAUGACAGAUAAGCUAAUAUCAAAUACUCCUACCAUAAACACAUUCAAAUCGGAAUAAACAUGCAGUUAAGAAAAAACGCAAGUACAAUUAAUUGUUAUAUAAUUAUUGAUGUGACAAUAAAAUAAAUAUCCUAGUGAUAAGUGUUGUAGGGGUGUCAAUUCGUUGAGAUAAAUGUCGAUUAUAGUAAAUGUAGUGUACAGACUAUAUACAUAUAUAUAUAAACUUGUAAUCAAGCAAUCUAUGGCACGCGCUUUAUAAUUUUGUUUCACCCAAUUAAUUUACUAUUUUAAUCUCAGAAUACGGGUUAUUGAAAAGUCAUUUAAAUAAAAGACAUGGAUUUAGAUAAUUACUUCAUAAUCAACAUCGUUAUAUAUUUAAACAAGUUUAUAUCUAUCUUAAAAUGUAUAUGUUAGGUUAAAAAAAAUCCAUUUCGAAUAUUUUGCCUUUAUUAUCUACAUUUUAUUAUAUUUAUUAUCAGUGUUGCCAUAUUAAAAAAAAAAUCGUCCAUGCUUCCAGGUCCUAAGACAAUAAUUUGAUAUUGAAUUCCCUUCAACUCUCAUUCGUAUAUAAAAUGUAUGUUGAACGUGUAUUGUUAUAUAAAUGUAUUGUUAUGUAUCAUUACAAGCAACUAUUCCUUUAGCACAAGUUUUCAUUGUAUUUUUUUCGUUCAUAAACCUGUGUUGAUACCGCCAUGGUGGAAGAUUUAUGAAUGAAAAACUGUAAACUCACUGUAUGUAGUUCAAAAUGAACUUGUGUUAAGGACACUGCUCUUCAGCUGCAACAGAUUUAGAUGUUGGUGUUCAUAAUAAAAAGUUAUGUUUAA